AUGGAUACAAGUAUAUAUGAAGCUUGUAACGACUUGGUGACAGAAUUCCAUACACAAAAAGUAAGUCCCGAUGAGAUUCUAGCAACAAAAGUAAGUCACUCGGUCCCAAUCCCUUUCAAGACCCGUGACGAUCUGGAGAGAGAUACCAGAGCAGAUAGAGAAGAAGGACUCUUCCAUGGAGAUGUUUUACCACGGAUAGAUCUAAAAGUAUUACAUUAUUUUGCAACACAAUUGUGUUUACAAAAAUAUCCACAUUUGAUUAACGCGAUGGAUGAGACAUGUAUGAUUACUUUGGGAUUAGUUGUCGAACAAUGGAUAGAAGAAUAUUUAACAAGUAUAAAUGAUGAGGUGAUCAGCAACAGUGAAGAUACGGACGAUGAAGUAGUACUGGAUCAAGACUCUAUUAACGGCACCUCUCUGGAUAAAUACAACGACGACCCACCCAAGAAACGGGUCCGCAUUGGAGGAGGACCCUCUGAAGUAAUUGCAAAUAUCAUGAAUGGAGCAAGUAGCACCUCAAAUAUUUAG